AUGACCUAUAAAUUAACAAUUGUGACCCAAAAAGAAGACACGAAACGGGAAAACAGGCAACUCCCGGCCAGCUUAGUGGACACGGAGGUGGACAAAUUGGACGCGGUGGACAAGGAGGACACGGAGGACAAAUUGGACUCGGUGGACAAUCUAGUCAUGGAGGACAAAUUGGUCGUGGUGGACAAUCUGGCCAUGGUGGACUUGGAGGUUCCUUGGGACAUGGCACCGUGGUCGAGCUCCGUCAGAGACCGAAAGCCGGAGAAGAAAGCUCCGCCAAAGAAAGAGCCUUUACCCAUCUUUGUAUUCGAUUGUAUUGUCACCCACUUGGAGGCCAACAAUACGGAGUUCAAACCUGCCAAGCUGGAAGUCACUGCCAACUUCUUUAAGACUCCACUUAUCCUCACGAAGAGUCAGAUAAAUGUCAGCGAUUUCAAGGCAAAUGCUGGACUCACCUUCCAAAAGGAACCCAAGGAGAUCAGGAAAAAUGUUAACGAAUGUGGCAUAUUUACAGUGGUGUACAGCAAAAAGGUGAUUGGCUCUGGCCAGGCAUCCUUUCCAUCCAGCGUGGUCGAUAGCAUCGAUAAGGACAUGACGGACAUCCUUCACUCGGAUGUAAUAACUGGUGUCGGCGGUCAGGUGACAGGAAAGCUGGAGUUCCUCUGCCGGCUGGUCAUCAUGUGCAUUGCCGAGGAGCCUGAAGCUCCGGGUGAGCGCAACGUGGACAGGAGCAUCAAUCCGCAGGACAUCAUUGUGAUGGGCGAGUCACAGGUGUGUCCCAGUGCCUGCGAGCCCUGCCAAAACGACUUGGAGGAGGAGGAAGGUGAUGAACGCCUCAAACUGGACCUGGAUCGAUAUCGCAGCCAGGGAGGAGGAAUAAAGCCCUAUAAAAUGAUGACUGAGAACGGAUCCGGCAUACGCUGCUGUGAACUUAAGAAAAUGGCCAUUGAGUACGAGCGGAUGAUUGAUUCAAUAACCAAAAGGACAGGGAUGCCACCACCCAAGCCUCCUUGCCGAGAUCCGGAUGAGGCAAACAACUUUGGCAUGAAUCCCUGCUGGUGUCAACCGGAACCUCCGCCGUUCCUUGAGCUCCCCGAAAAGCCGGACAAGCCAUGCUUCGUCUACAUGCCCGCCGUCCAGGAUCAAGAGCCGGACUUUUGCGAGAAGAACCUCAUUCCGGUGCCCAUUGCCGACUGCGAUGGCCACAAGCCGGAGAUCAAGCCCAUUCGCUUCUGUCCAGUGUGCCUGACCAACAUGUCCUGGCUGCCCAAGUUCGCAGCGUGUCCGAAGUGUGGAAUCAAACCCAUGCCCGUGGUGGAGGAGCGGCACAAGGAGAAGAAGCUGUCGGCGGACCAGAUUCUGCUUGAGUACCUGGGAAAGGGUCCGGCCACCUUGGAUGACUACUGCACCGAUCCCUGCGACAAGGCCAAGAAGGACAAGGAGGCCGCCGAGGACGAGGAGUGUCCACCAUGUCGCUGCACCUGCAAGUUCGGCAAGAUGUGUGCCCACUGUCGCAUCCGGAAGCUGUGCUCCGAUAUAUUCAAGAGCGACCAGGUGGGCCCCAAGUGCCCCAAAGUGGAGCCCAAGGAGUCGGAGGACUACUGCGUGGUCAACAAGAGCUCCGACGACUGUCGACCCUACCUGGCCAAGGUCUUCUCCGAGCUGCGCGAUCUGUACGACAUUAAGGACACCAAGAAGAUGUCCGAGCUGGACGAGAACUGCGAUCGGGCAGUGCCCAAGACGGAGAAGCCCAAGGCGGAAAAGACGGAUCAAAAGAAGGUCGAAGGUCAGGCGCCCAAGAAGGCACCCUAUAUUCCACCCAACAACAAGGGUCAGAUCUCCAGCAGGCACAAGCAGUGCGUCCACCAAUCGGGAUUCGUGUCCCGACGACAUGGCUGGGCCUGGAGCAAGAGCUGGGAGGCCAAGAAGCUGGGCUGGCGACCCGGAGCCAUCCGCAAGCCCAUUAAGCACCUGAUGAAGUUCUUCCUGGAGCAACCUGCUCGGGAGAAUGCCUUCGCCAAGUGCAAGGAUACGGAGACCUUGGAGCGGGAAAAGGAGCUGGCUUCGCCGGUUUUGAAUAUCUGCAAGAAGAAUGGUGAGAUCUUCAUCACCCUAAGACCACUUAGCACACUGGGAGUGCGCCAGAAACCGAUCACCUUCCGGGUGGUGAAGAGAAUGGCGGUGGCUCUCCGGGAGAUCAAGAGGAAGCUGAAGGACAAGGGAUUCCGGAAGUGCACCUGCCACCAGACCCUCAUGAUGUGCCACUGCCGGGAUCCCACCGAGAAGGUGCACCUCCAGAGGGCCUUGAACAGGGAGUGCCGACGUCACUGUAUUCCUCCAGCUGGUGACCAUCUGGUGCUCACCGACACUAGCGAAAGCGACAUGGAAUUCGACUUCGAGGUCACUCCGCCAGCGGGAACGGAGCAACCGCCUCGGGCACCCUCGCCGGAGACGGUGAACCAUGGCACCCAGACCUCCAAAAAGGACCAGAUGCCUCUUCCUCACUAUCCCGUCCGUGUGCCUCCCUACUACAGAGCCUUCGACUGCGCCGUGGGCGAUCGCUACAUGGGCACAUCCUUUGGCUGGCCGGGUGAAGUGGUCUUUGAGGACGUCUUUGGGAUGAUGGGCGGCGGACCACAUGGACCCAAUCCGAUGCCCUGUGGAAGACCACGAGUACCCGGCGCUUGGGGAGGUGGCGGAGGCGGUGCCGGCGGUGCAGGAGGCUUUGGAGGAUGGGGACCAGGAGGAGGCGGUGGUGGAGGAGUUUUUGGCGGAGGAAGAGGAAGGGGAUUCGGUGGACCCGGUGGUGCCUUUGGAGGCGGACCAGGAGGUCCCGGGGGUAUGGGCGGCGGCUCCGGAGGAGGCGCCUGGAAGGGAUUCCCUGGCACUGCCGCCGGAAAACCCAAAGGCGUCAAAGCCGAACCCAUUCCAGUGCGCUAUCCCAAGAGAUUCCUCAAACCCGCCGAGGAAGCUGCCAAGGCAGCCAAGCAGGCAGAGAAGGACGCAAAGGAGGCGAAGAAGAAGGGCAUCAACAUGAUCAAGUACCUGCAAAAGAAGGGCACCCUGGUCCGACCCUGGAAUCCGCAGGAGGGCAAGGACAAGAGGCCCAGGCCACCCAAAGGUGGGCCAAUCGGUGAUGAUGGCCUCAAGCCCAAUGAGAGAAAGCUGAAAAUGCUCCUGGCCGUUCCACCCACUCCAAUCUGUGCGAUGCCAAGGCGAGGCAAAGCUCAUCCCUGCGAUCCCUAUCGCAUUGAUAUUGUCUGCUGACGGAUCUUCCAUUGGACUCUAAUCUAUUGUCUCCGCAUCAUCCUUUCCAAUGUCGCGAAAUCUUCGAAUGGCCCUUUCAAAUACUCUGUCUCGUAUAUUUUAUAAUAUACCUAGAACAUUUUAUUUUA